CACGCACCUCGCCGCCGGAUUGUGCGUUGAUAAAGAAAUCCAAAUUUAGUGUAACGAUUCUCCGGUAACCGCGGACUGUGACCAGUGUACGUAUCCGCUAUGGAACCGAUGACCUUGGGCAGUCCUAGCUCCUUGUCGGGCUCGAAUGCUGCAAUAGGGAGCGGUGCUGGAGGACCCGGCUAUCUGCCGUCGUUUCUAAUGGGUGAUCCACCGGCCGCUCCGCGCCCAAACACCCUUUCUCCAACGCGGACCCGUGUUUCCCUUGCGUACGGUGGACUAGCCGGUUCCCCUCCCGAUGCCAUGCGCUCACCAACGUCUAUGGCCGCGCUUCAUCAACAGCAGCAGCAGCAGCAGCAUCAUUUCGUGCAGCCUCAACAUCAACAACAGCAACAGCAGCAGCAGCAGCAGCAGCAGAUGUCUUCCUCCUUCAUGAAUGUAACGCCGCACACGCAACAUUUCUUGCACAUGUCGACGAUGCAAGCUUCCUCGCUCGCCAACCAGUUCCGCAACGAAUCAUUCGAUGCCAACGCCAGCAUAACUGGGCCCCCAACGCAAGGGCUCUUCGAUUCUUGGCGCAAAGAGAAACAGAUGCUGCACACCACAGCAAGGGGUUCGACUGGCGUUGCUGGAGGCCCAGGAGGAGUGUUACAUCCUGCCGCGACCGAAAUGACGGGGCCAAACCAAUCGUUCAACGAUUCGAUUGCCAACCAGAGUGGCUUUAACGUAUCCCGUGUGAUGUCUCCUAUUCCGGUGGAUUACAGUCGCAUGGCAAACGUACCGGUUUCUCCGCCCAGCACACCAUUCGGAGGUCAUCCACCACUGCAAGUGCAGCAGCAGCCAUCCCAACCAACGUUGCCCAGCAACGGUAGCGUGGGUACCUCGAACUGGGUUACGGUGUUUGGAUUCCCCCAGAAUGCAUCCACGCUCAUGCUAUCACACUUCGUAUCGAUCGGUACGAUCGUCGAUAAGCAGUUUGCGCCCCAAAACGGCAACUGGGUGCAUUUACGAUAUAGCUCGAGGUUGGAGUGUAUGAGAGCGCUCAACUACAAUGGGCGGAUCAUCAGCCCUGGCUUGAUGGUGGGCGUCCAGUACUGCAACGAUCCGGCCGUUAUCGGGAAGGAGAACGAAGACGAAGGCUGCUCCCCAACCUACGAGAAGCCGGAUAAUCCGCUGACGCGGGUGCGCUCACUGGUGAACAUGUCGUACACGGCCGAAAAGGAAGCGAACGCCGUCGCAACCACGGCGGCCGCACAGAAGCGUAGUAAUGGGAUUGUAAAUAAGGCGAUGGAUCUAUUUUUUGGAUGGUAAAACGGUCGCUGGGACGCGCAGAAAGUGCAUAAACAAAUUGAGGAAUCAGGAAAAUCCAACUGCACGGCAAGAACGCCGGCCACUUUAUACUCGAGAUACGGAUUGUGUAUGAUUGUUUUUUUUUUUUUUGUAAAACUGUAUGUUUUCCAAUCAAUAAAGUUAGAAGAAAUUGCCCUAUUAUGCAAA